AUGAAACAUAAUUUCACAUUAUCAUCAUCAAUAUUAAUAUCCAUUAUUUUUGUAGCAUUUUCCUUGUAUUUUUCAAUAACUAAUGCUACCAACAUAAUCCCCAAAACAUGCAAAAAAAUUUCAAAUAUUGAUUCAGAUGUUAAGUAUAAUUUUUGUAUAUGGGCAUUCGGGCGAAAAAACCCGAAUGCAAUCAAUACGAUUGAGCAACUUGGAUACACAUCAUUUGAAUUGGCCAUAUCAAAAGGUAUGUCUACAAAAUCUAAGAUUGAAAAUAUCUUAAAAGAUCCACAACUUGACCCACGUAAAAUUCGGGUUUUGAAACUUUUUGUUGAACAAUAUUCGGAUGCCCUAGUAGAUUUAAAAGGAGGGCUAAAAGCUUUAGAAUUAAAAGAUUAUUUAGAAGCUAAUAAUAGAGCAAGUUCAGCAACAAUUUCAGCAUUAACUUGUAAGAAUGAUAGCAAGGCAAAGAGGAGAAUUCCUGCAUUUGUUGGAGAAAAUGAUGAUUUCUUUCAAUUAAAUUCUAUUUCUAUUUUUAUCACCAAUAUGUUGUUUGAAAUGGAUGGUAGAAGGAGUCUGGAUGAGAAAAGGUGA